GAGAACUUGAAGACCCCGCUGAUGGGGACCAAGAAGAUGCCUCUGAUGAAGAACUUGAUGUAGUGGAGGUCUUCAAAGAAUGCCAUACCAGCCGCAAGAAAGGACUGAGUGAAACUGCAAAAGAAGUAGUAGCUGACAUGGAAGCCCUUAAGGCCAUGCCUCCUGCCGAAGGCAAUGCAGUAGUCUCAAGUGCAGAGGUCGUCUCCAAGGUGCUCCCCAAGAAUAGCAGCAACAUCUUCCUGAAGAACAUUGGUGUGCAGCCCAUAAGGCCGACAAAAGCACCCACAGCCAAAGAAAGGGCGCUCGAGGCACAACUAUCAGCUGAAAGACAAGGUUCUGCACUUCUCCAAGAGGAAGUGAUUGUGCUGAAGCAAAAAUCUCAGAGCACGGACGAAGCGCUUGAGAAGACCCGAAGAGAGUUGGAAGAAUACAAGCGGCAAGUGGAAGAGAACAAGAAGGCGACGGAGGAAACCAAUGCGCUGAUGCGCCGGUUUUUUAUGAUCAACAGUGGUGCCAAUAGUGGUCCUUCAGUUUGAUGAGCUGCAGUCUGGUGGGUUGGAUUUUGUCUGGUGAACUUCUCUGGUGAUGGGUGUAUGGUGAACUUGUGUCUGGUGGGUGCUGGGUCACGUUCGGUGGGUUCUGGGUGAAGCACUUGGUGCUGGUUAAACACUUUGAUGCCUGU